UGCAGUCCGGUCACUCGGACCAAGGCAGGCCGGCCGCUGGAAUGGGAGGGAGUGGGGCUGUCGCCUCAAGGCACCUGUGUGCCUGGCAGCCCCUCGAAGAUGGACGUCCCCCUGAUUGCUCCCUACAACCCGAAAGGGUUGGUCCGGGGUUCUAGCGGCUGGCACGAACCCUCCCGGCCCUGCCUGACCCCCUGCCACCGCGUGGAAGAUGCCUGAGCAGAGCAACGACUACCGGGUGGUGGUGUUCGGGGCGGGCGGCGUGGGCAAGAGCUCGCUGGUGCUGCGCUUCGUGAAGGGCACCUUCCGGGACACCUACAUCCCCACCAUCGAGGACACCUACCGGCAGGUGAUCAGCUGCGACAAGAGCGUGUGCACGCUGCAGAUCACCGACACCACGGGCAGCCACCAGUUCCCGGCCAUGCAGCGGCUGUCCAUCUCCAAGGGCCACGCCUUCAUCCUGGUCUACUCCAUCACCAGCAAGCAGUCGCUGGAGGAGCUGGGGCCCAUCUACAAGCUCAUCGUGCAGAUCAAGGGCAGCGUCGAGGACAUCCCCGUCAUGCUGGUGGGCAACAAGUGCGACGAGACGCAGCGGGAGGUGGACACCCGCGAGGCUCAGGCCGUGGCCCAGGAGUGGAAGUGCGCCUUCAUGGAGACGUCGGCCAAGAUGAACUACAACGUGAAGGAGCUUUUCCAGGAGCUGCUCACGCUGGAGACUCGCCGGAACAUGAGCCUGAACAUCGACGGCAAGCGCUCCAGCAAACAGAAGAGGACAGACCGCGUCAAGGGCAAAUGCGUCCUCAUGUGAGCCCAGAAGGCCCGCCGCCAGCCGGCUCAUGCCUCCCCCACCGCCCCUGCGCCCCCUCCUCCGGCCCCUCCCCCUCCGCUCCCGCCUCGGAUCCUCCCGGCCCUCCUCCCCGCCUUCUCUCUCCUUCUCAUCUCUUCCACUUCUUUUCCUUCACCCAGCACCUCUGUGGGGGACAC